ACCACUAGGCGGCGGUGUGAUUUCUCACAGUCUGUGAAGCGCUCUGACAUCAUCAAGCGAAGAAGAAAAUACAGAGCCCACAACGUGAGAGCCAUGCCGAAGUCAAAGAGGGACAAGAAAGUUUCUUUAACCAAAACAUCCAAGAAGGGGUUGGAAGCCAAGCAAAACCUGAUUGAAGAGCUGCGAAAAUGUGCAGAUAUCUACAGAUACAUGUUUGUGUUCUCAGUAGAAAACAUGAGAAACAACAAACUGAAAGACAUCAGGACGGCCUGGAAACACAGCCGGUUCUUCUUCGGUAAGAACAAAGUCAUGAUGAUCGCGUUGGGUAAAGGACCCACAGACGAAUACAAAGAUAAUCUGCAUAAAGUAAGCAAAUUUCUCAGAGGUGAAGUAGGUGUUUUGUUCACAAACAAAACAAAAGAUGAGGUUCAAGAAUAUUUCAGUAACUUUAAAGAGGUGGAUUACGCUCGAGCGGGUAACGUAGCCACCAUGGCCGUGACGCUGGACGAGGGUCCUCUGGAGCAGUUUCCACACUCAAUGGAGCCUCAACUCAGACAGCUGGGCCUCCCCACAGCUCUGAAGAAAGGUGUGGUGACACUGAUAAAAGAUUUCGAAGUGUGUAAAGAGGGAGACACACUCACACCUGAACAGGCUCGAAUUCUGAAACUCUUUGGAUUCGAAAUGGCGGAAUUCAAAAUAUCAAUCAAGUGCAUGUGGAAUUCUGAAUCCGGGGACUUUGUAAAGGUGUCAGAGGGUGAAAGCGAUGAGACCAAGAAAGAGGAAACAGAUGAAGAAUCAGAGGAUGAAGGGAGUGAUUAAAACCUGCACACAGGCAAUGGACUUUGUGAACAUUUGUUGUGUUCAUCCAACAUAAACCCGUAAAACAUUUUGAGUGUUCUUUCAGUGAGCUGCAUGUUACUAUCACAGUCAUCUGCACUGUUUUGUUUCUAUUGUCAACUACAAAUUUCUAUAAAAAUACUAGGUUUAGUACGACCGUACUGAACAGAGAGAACCAGACUGAGGCUUAUUGUUAAACAUAAGUUAUUUUAGCAAGAAGACAACAAAACGCAGAGAUUCAUCAAGAUCCCUCUUUCGUCUAUUUUUAUUGCAUUCUCAUGUAAACAUAAGGAAAAAUCAACUGUUGGUGAGCUCAGAAAGAUGUUUAAUUUUGUAAUUGUGUUUAUUAGGAAGCUGAAGGCAUGUCCAACUCAAUUUAUCACUGUUCACUCACAAAAUAUGAACUUAGAAAAAUAAAGUGAUCUCUGUAUUAGUUCUUAUAAA